AGCGACCCGAGAGCCGCAGUGAUGCCAGUAACCCUCUAGGAUGCUCCACACACGGAUGCUUUUAUUACCGUCUGUUCCAGCCACAGGCCUUUGAGCAGAUCCGGAUAAAUCCGGGACGAAGGUGUUAUUCCACAGCACGGAAUAACAGGAUCGCGCGACCUUGCGCUGAAUGUCAUUAGAAAGGGAUUUUAAUCUCGCUACGACCAUUGCGAUUUGAGUCUCAGCGAUGGAUAUUUUAAAGCAUAUAAUCAACGACACUGUGGAGUUCUACAAAUGGAGUCUCACUAUUGCAGACAAGCGUGUGGAGAAAUGGCCUUUGAUGGACUCUCCGCUGCCCACGCUGGCUAUCAGCUCCUCAUACCUGCUGUUCCUCUGGCUGGGGCCGAAGUUCAUGCAGGGCCGAGAGCCCUUCCAGCUGAGGAAGACCCUCAUCGUCUACAACUUCAGCAUGGUCAUCCUCAACUUUUUCAUUUUCAAAGAGCUCUUCCUUGCAGCACGGGCGGCCAACUACAGCUACAUCUGCCAGCCCGUCGACUACUCAGAUGAUCCUAAUGAAGUGAGGGUGGCCGCAGCCUUGUGGUGGUAUUUUAUUUCUAAAGGUGUGGAGUACCUCGACACUGUGUUUUUCAUCUUGCGUAAGAAGUUCAACCAUAUCAGCUUCCUGCAUGUCUAUCACCACUGCACCAUGUUCACUCUGUGGUGGAUUGGCAUCAAAUGGGUCGCCGGUGGACAGUCGUUCUUCGGGGCUCAUAUGAACGCAGCCAUCCAUGUCUUGAUGUACUUAUAUUAUGGGCUGGCCGCAUUUGGUCCGAAGAUACAGAAAUAUCUGUGGUGGAAGAAAUAUCUGACAAUCAUCCAAAUGAUCCAGUUUCACGUCACCAUUGGCCACACGGCUUUGUCGCUGUACUCUGACUGCCCGUUCCCGAAGUGGAUGCACUGGUGUCUGAUUGGAUACGCCCUCACCUUCAUCAUCCUCUUCGGCAAUUUCUAUUACCAGACGUACCGUCGGCAGCCCCGCCGCGAGGCCGCGUCCAAACCCGGCAAAGCCCUUCAUAACGGAGCCUCUAAUGGAGCCCUGACCUCUAGUAAUGGAAACGCUGCCAAGAUGGACGAGAAGCCGGCAGUGGCCGAGAGCGGGAGGAGAAAGAGGAAGGGCAGAGCGAAGCGCGAAUGAAACGGAGGAGAGGGAAGCAGACACGGCCAGACCUCCGUUCACGAGAGACCGCGCUGAAAGAUUGAUCGGCUCAGAUCAAUCCCAAAUUGUUACGACCAAACAGUAUGGCCACUUUCUGCUGCAGAGAGGGAGAAAUAUGAGCCUAGACGUAGAGAGACUGAACAAUAUGAUAUCUUUCCAUAUCGCCCUCUUUAAGUUUAGUACAUUAUUCUAUGUAUCUGCCUUUUUUACAUCGCUGUUCUAAUGCCAGAAAAGACCCGUGUCUCAUCAGUGUACAAUGAUUAAGACUCGACGAUAUCAGAUGGGUUUUUCAUCAUUUGUUGAAGUGGGGUCCAAAAGUUCUGCUAUUUUGCAACACAAAAUGUUUCUUCAGUGUAUUAUCAGCACGAUCUGAUCUAGAUCCUGACGUUGAUGUUCUCCAGCAUGAUUUGAGAUGAUCCAAAGAGCUUCAAUGGAAGAAGAAAACCGCUCAUUUGAUUAGUCACAUAGAAAUGUGCAUAUUUCUUCUUCAUUUUACAGACUUUUGGACCCCACUUGAUAUCAUUUAUUUGUAAAACAUAUUCAUGUGUUUGUUUAUUUGAAAGUUUUGUAUUUCAUGUAAGUUGUGUGUUGUUUAGCCAUUGGCAGGAUAUAUUACCAACAGCACUGUUCUUUAAAACAUAGAUCAUGUGGCACUGCUUAUUUCAUCUUCUUUCAAAAUUAGGGAUGCAACUUACCAAGGCCAUUGACUGAUAAUAUACAGUAGUGGGCAAAAGUGAUGUCCGGCCUUGGAAAAUUGACAUCUUCACCCUUUAUUCAAAUAUUGUUAAAAAUGCGUUCAAGUUUUUGUAAGCAUAUUGAGUAGUUGUGCUCUGAGUCAGUUGUUUUAUUUGUGAUGAUAACGCAAUGAAUCAUGCCAAAUUGUGCGGACAUAAUUUUUAGCCAGCCAGGCUGGCAUACGAAGAAAUUAUGAACAUGCAAAAACAAGAGAACCAAUGGAAUAUUAAUAACUGAAUAUGUAUGAUUUUUCCUGUGAGCUUUUUGUUUUUCUAUGCAUUUUUUUUUUUUUUUUUGCAUUGUAAAAUAGCAACUGUAGCUGUAGUUGUAGCUGUUUUUUUUUGCCAAAUAAUUUUGUCAGAUAAAUACCUUAACAAAG